UGCGCAUGCGCGGGCGGCACCCCGGGUGCCUCCCCUCAGUAGUCUGAGGGCCGCGGGGGAGCGGUGUGGGUGUGUUCGAGGGGCAGGGGAGGCUCCCCAGCGCUUAGAACACCUGAGCAACAGCCCUGACUGGAAAACAUUGGUUUGGUGACACAGCAGCGCGUCCUGUCCCACUUCAGGGCAGUGGAAACCGCGCGGGCUGUCAGUGUGUCUGCGUGACUCGGAGUGCCCGGCAGAGACAAGCCGCUUAUGAUGGGCUUUUUAAUAACUAUUAAUAUGUGUUAAGUCUGCAGCUUCCUCGUGAGGGGAAGCGGAGGGGCAGGCACUCCCUGGCGACGAGUGACAAGACCCGAGGGCAGGACAUGAAGCUGUGCCAGGGGAGGUUUAAGGAACAACAGCAAUGGCCAACCAAGAAGAAGCAGAAAUACAAAUUUCAGAGUUAGAUUUACUGUCUAGCAUGUUUCCUUAUGAGGAAGAGUUUGCUGUGACAGACCAAGUGGCUCUAGCUGAACUGAAACACUAUGUUGAAAAUGAAUCUGCAGAGGUGCCAUCUUCAAAACUUCAAUUUAUACUGAACGUAAAGGCAGAGGUGCCUAAUGCCUCUACGGUGGAAUUCUCUAUGGGCUGUGCUUUACCAUUUAAAUAUCCGACUGUUCUCCCAGAAAUUACUGUGAGGUCAUCAUUAUUAAGCCGCUCUCAGCAGAUUCUCCUUAACUCUGAUCUAAGAACGUAUUUGAUGCAAAACUUCAGUGGCGAGCCCUGCAUGUUGAGUGCGAGGGAAUGGGUUAAAGAUCACGCAGCUGCUUACAUUGACAAAGAUCUUUCAUCCUCCUCAGUGACAGCCUCAGAAGCCACACAGUCAGAAGUCAUCAUGUUCACUCGAUUGUGGAUCUAUAGUCAUCACAUUUACAACAAACAAAAAAGAAAGAAUAUCAUUGACUGGGCCAAGGAGCUCUCUCUGUCAGGGUUUUGCAUGCCAGGGAAACCAGGUGUUGUUUGUGUAGAAGGUUUACAAAGUAGUUGUGAAGAGUUCUGGUCAAGGGUAAGAAGAUUAACAUGGAAAAGAAUUCUUAUUCGGCACAGAGAAGAUGUUUCUUUGGAAGGUGGAGGACAUGCUGAGAUCCAGAAGCAACGCAAGUUCCCCACUUUGGAAGAAAAAUGUUUUGAUGCACAUGGUGCCAGGGGAAAUCAUAUGGACUUGGGGCAGCUGUAUCAUUUUUUAGAAGAAAAAGGAUGUGCUGACAUAUUUCAAAUGUACUUUGGGGUUGAAGGGCAUUGAAGGGGUUGAAGAUCAGUACAGGCCCCAGCACCUACAUUUCUAAUUUAAUCCUUGUAACAGAUUCCUUAGCUUUUCUGCAACAGUUGAUCACAGAGGGAAUUAAUAAUUCAUGAUUUAUGUGAUGAAUCCAAUUUUCAAUGAAAACAAAUAUCCAGAAUAAUGAAAAUGACUAUAUGAAUGACACUUUUCAGGUGUUAAGGAGAUGUAGGGUACAUACCUACUUAAAAUGAAAGAAAAUGUGCUUGAUAACCUACUGGACAGUUACAGAACUAUAGAUGGAUGAACAGAUGGAAUAUGGUGAAUGAAUAUACAAAUAAGAAGAGACGCAAAUACAGUGUGGGUAUCUCAGGAACAAAAACAUGAUGUUUACAUUAAUUGUUACUAUCUACAUUCACUUUAUGAAAACUUUUUUAAACAGUCUUCUACUUUCUACCUGGAACUAUAGUAAGCCAAGAGAUCAAUAUUUUAUUUAAAAAAGAACAAAGGGAGGGAACAAGUUUACAAGAGUCUUACUCAUGCUACCACGGUGAGCUAGGUUGCCUGCUCUAAGGCAUAAGAAUUUUCUGUAGGUAAAAAUGUUUGUGCAGAUAAGGUAGAUACCAUGGUGGCCCCACUACAUUUCUUGGUUUGGUUUGUGUAAAAGCAGCAGUGUACCAAGGAUUGGGCUCUCUUACAGCGUGCUCCAAAACUCUGAAACACUCCUCAGCCUUCUGAGUUCGCAAAUUUUCACUCCUGUAAUAUGAAGUGCAUGUUGCAUGUAUUUUUGAGUGGGAUUUCAACAAAGCUGUAUCAAUGAAUGCCGAUUUUGUAGAUACUGUAUCUAAAUGCCAUGGUAGAAAAACCAGACAUUGGUUUAUUUGGAUUAAAUAUUUUUAUUAAA